GAAAAUCCAUUCAAGAACGUUAUCUAAAUUUUGGUCCACAACGUACAAAUAAAUUAAUGAAUAAAUUAGAAGAAUUAUUUGUACGAUUAAUGAUUGAAAUUCGACAAUUAACCGGUAUUAAUGUUGAUUUUGUAAUACAAUUAAUAAAAUUAUUACGUAUUAUGGUACCGAAAAUUGCAUCAUUUGAAGUUAUCAUAUUGAUUUUACAUACAACAUCAUUAAUAUCUCGUACAUUUUUAUCCAUUUAUGUUGCAAAUCUUGAAGGUAGUGUUGUUAAACAUAUUGUUAAACGUGAUUUACAACAAUUCACACAAUCAAUGACAAAAUGGUUAUUAAUAUCAGUACCGGCUACAUUUUUAAAUUCAUUAAUCCGUUAUUUAGAAUCCAAAUUAUCAUUAUCAUUUCGUUCACGUUUAGUUAAUUAUGCAUAUGGUUUAUAUUUUAAUAAUGAAACUUAUUAUACUGUUUCAAAUUUGGAUGGACGUUUAGAAAAUGUUGAUCAUUCAUUAACCGAUGAUAUUACUGUAUUUGCUCAACAUUGUGCACAUAUGUAUUCACAUGUUACCAAACCAAUGUUAGAUGUUGCUGUUGUAUUAUAUACAUUAUUUCGUAUGGGUAGAAAAAUGGGAUCGAAUGGUAUGCAUGGACCAAUACUUGGUACAUCUAUAGUAUUCUGUACACAUCUGAUAUUACGACGUUGUUCACCACAAUUCGGUAAACUUGUUUCCGAAGAAUCACAACGUAAAGGUUAUUUACGUUUUAUACAUUCACGUAUUAUUGCUAAUGCUGAAGAAAUUGCAUUUUAUCGUGGUGGCCAUGUUGAACGUACUGUAUUAGAUCGUUCAUAUCGUUCAUUAAUUAGACAAAUGAAUUUAAUAUUUCAACAAAGAUUAUGGUAUGUUAUGUUGGAACAAUUAUUAAUGAAAUAUCUUUGGUCAGCAACCGGUAUGGUUGUUAUUGCUGCACCAAUUAUGCUUACACAAAUGAAUGCUAUUGAUAAUAAACAUUCAAAUAAACAUGAUUAUCAAAAUGGUGAAGAUAUUUCUAAUCGUACUGAAUAUAUGAUGACGGCUAAAAAUAUUUUAAUUUCUGGUUCCGAUGCUAUGGAACGUUUAUUAUCAUCAUAUAAAGAGCUAACCGAAUUAGUUGGCUAUACAAAUCGUGUUUCGAAAAUGUUAACCAUUUUCGAAGAAGUUGGCCACGGUCAUUUUAAACGUGAUUCACAUGCAAAUAAAUCAAUUUCAAUGAUAAAUAAUAAAUCAAUGAUUAUGUAUGAUAAAUAUGGUUCACCAAUAAUAAGGGGGAAUGUGAUUAUUGUUCAUGAUUAUAUACAAUUGAUUGAUGUACCAAUUAUAACUCCAAAUUGUGAUAUUGUUGUUCCUAGUUUAACAAUCAAGAUAACAUUUCAAAUGCAUCUUUUGAUUACCGGUCCAAAUGGUUGUGGAAAAAGUUCAUUAUUUCGUAUAAUGGCCGGUUUAUGGCCAGUAUUUAGUGGUCGUUUAGAACGACCACAAACAAAAGAAAUGUUUUAUAUACCACAACGUCCAUAUAUGUCAUUGGGUACAUUACGUGAACAGUUAAUAUAUCCGGAUACAAUAAAAUCAAUGAAUGAUAAAGGAAUACGUGAUGAUGAUCUUGAAUCAAUAUUGGAUAAUGUACAUCUUCGUUAUAUUGUCACUCGGGAAGGUGGUUGGGAUGCUAAAGGUGAUUGGAAAGAUAUAUUAAGCGGUGGUGAAAAACAACGAAUGGGUAUGGCUAGAUUAUUUUAUCAUCGACCAAAAUUUGCAUUACUUGAUGAAUGUACAUCGGCCGUUUCGAUCGAUGUUGAAGCCGAAAUGUAUGAAACAGCAAAACAAUUAGGUAUUACAUUGAUUACAAUAACACAUCGACCAUCAUUAUGGAAAUUUCAUACACAUUUAUUACAAUUUGAUGGACAAGGUGGUUGGAAUUUUGAAUCAUUAUUAGAUCAUAAUAAUGAUCAUCGUUUAUCAUUAUUACAUGAUGAAAAACAAUCCAUAGAACAAUCAUUAUCAAAUGUUGUACAAAUGCAAUAACGUUUGUUAGGUGAAGAAUCUACUACUAAUAUUGUUUUCUCAGGUGAUCAAACAACAAAUCAAUGGAUUGAAUUGAUUUUAUGAUCAAAAUCAAAUGGUUAAUCCAAAAAGCCAAUAUAA